AUGUCGAAAGCGCGCGCGGUACAAGAUGUAAUUGUCAAGCUCAUUGUCGGAGCUGGCCAAGCAAGUCCCAGUCCUCCCGUCGGUCCUGCGCUGGGUAGUAAAGGUGUAAAAUCCAUGGACUUUUGCAAGGAAUUCAACGCCCGAACUUCACACAUGGUUCCUGGAACCCCAACACCAGUACGCGUUACCGUUCGUCCAGAUCGAAGUUUCCAUUUCGAUGUCCGUACACCUACGACCUCUUACCUAUUGCUAAGCGCCGCGCAAGUGGAACCUGAUAAGGGCAAGUUAAAGGGCAGGGCUCAGUAUCCGGAUACUGUUGGGAAACCGAUUAGUUUGAAGCACGUUUACGAGAUUGCGAAGAUUAAGCAGAGCGAGCUGAGGUUAAGCGGAUUGAGUUUGGAGGGCAUCGCGAAGUGUGUGGUUGCGUCGGCGAAGACGAUUGGUGUUGCUAUUAAGCCAUAG